AUGGCCGAUCACGAAAUGACAGACCCUUCGCCGCAGGAGCAAGACACCGCCAUGUCUGACGCCGACAAGAUUCGAGCCAAGCGCCUGGCCAAACUUGGAGGCCCACCCACCUCACGACCAUCCUGCACAGCACCUGAAGCCUCAGGCUCAGCUCCAGCGUCUGGCACCUCGUCACCGAAGCCUGCAACCACCCAGCCUCCACGGACGUCUGAUUUGGGCUCGCAGUCAGAUGGCAAGAUAGAGCAGGAGCCAGCGUCGCGCAUCAACAUCAAGCCAGCUGUCAGCGCGAGCACUCCCGCCCCGCCGCCACCUGCGCCGAAGACACAAGAUGUCAGCAUCGAAGCGUGGACAGACCGCACAAUCAGUGGCAUCUUCAGGAUAACCCUAGAAGAAGGGCGGACACAAGAUCCACACGGCCACAAGGUCUACUUUGCAUUGAGUUCAAAGCAAGAUCUUGAAGACGAAGGCCGGCCGCUCCGGUUCACUACCGAUAUGCUGGACUCGGUUGUGUUGGAAGCUGCAUCGAGCCAUAUGCACGGAAAUGCGCUGGAAUAUCUCCUUGGGUGCUGGAAGCGAGUGGCAAAGCAGACCAAGAGCAUUGCCAACAAGAACGAUCCAAAUUACGAGAUUGUGCGAGAGCUUCGGCGGAUAUGCUUCAACUACGCCAUCUUCGCCGCCACCAUGCCUGACAUGUUUGGUGAAGAAGCGCCCUUGGAGAACGCGCUGACCGACCGCCUGCUGCUCGGACCUGAAGACGAUCGCGGCAUCUGCUUCGACUUCCUCCAAGAAGCCUGCACCCGUGCUGAGGACGACGACACUGCUAAAGAGGCGCUGGUGGCUGCUGUGGAAGACUUGAGCCGGCGAUUGGCGAGAACAUCCAUGAACAGCGACUACAAGCCUUACAUGCUGGCACUUCGUAGCCUCAUCCGCUUCCCGCCACUCGUCACUGCUCUGGUGCGAUCAGACACGUUCUUACCUGCUGAUAUUGAGGCACAGUCCAUUGAGACAAAAACUCUCCUUGGGCCUUUCUUUCGACUGUCCCCCAUGCAGGGCGAGGUCGCGGUGAACUAUUUCUCUGGUGCAGCAGGCGGAGACAAGGGUCUCAUUGCUAACGCCCAACGGGCUCUCCGUAUGACACUACAAACCCACCAGGACGAACUAUUCGACAUCGCAAACACGUUCAUCAAGAACAAAGACUCGCGAGAGUCUAUGCUCAACUGGUUCGCCCUUACUGUGAACAAGAACCACAAGCGACGAGCUUUGCAAGUCGACGCUAAGACUGUAUCGACAGAUGGCUUCAUGGUCAACGUUACCGUUGUCCUGGACCGACUUUGUGAGCCCUUCAUGGACGCAACCUUUGCCAAGAUUGACAAAAUCGACAUCGGGUAUUUACGACGAGCGCCGCGUAUUGACAUCAAAGACGAGACCAAGAUCAACGCCGACGAGAAGACGUCCGACGAGUUCUACAGUAAUAAGCUGGACGGGACCAGCAACUUCAUCUCUGAGGUUUUCUUCCUGACUGUGGCCGCCCAUCACUACGGUACCGAGGCUGCCAACGCGAAGCUUUCGUCGUUACAAAAGGACGUCAAGUGGCUUAAGAAGGAACUCGAGAAGUUCGAGACGGAACGGCACAAGUAUGCGUCGAACCCGAUUCAGCUGAAGCUUUUCGAUAACCACGUCAAGAAGAUCAAAGAUCAAAUAGAACGAGGUACAUGCACUAGCUACGCCAUUAUAGGCGUACUUGGAGACGAAGUCAUGCAGUCCCGGUCCAUGCAACUCAUGCGAUAUGUUAUCGUCUGGUUGCUACGCAUCGUUUCUGGGACCGAUUUCCCCAGGCAGGAAUUGCAGCUGCCUCUUCCUAACGAACAGUCUCUGGCGUUCCGCUGUCUCCCUGAAUACUUUGUUGAAGACAUCGUCGGCAACUUCAAGUUCAUCACCCGCAUGAUGCCGCAUAUCAUCACUUCGACUCAGUGCGAAGAGCUUGUAAAGAUCUGCAUUGUCUUCCUCCGAAGCUCAGAGUACAUCAAGAACCCAUACUUGAAGUCUGGUCUCGUAACCAUCCUCUGCCACGGAGUUUGGGAGAUCCAAGGCCGCUCAAAGGGCGUACUUGGUGACACGUUAUUCGGAAACAAGUUUGCCAUGAAGCACUUGCUGCAUGCGCUGAUGCAGUUCUACAACGAGUGCGAAAGCACAGGGGCACACACGCAGUUCUAUGACAAGUUCAACAUAAGAUAUGAGAUCUUCCAGGUAAUCAAGUGCAUCUGGCCAAACCCAGUCUACCGUGACAACCUUGCCACAGAAGCACGUGUCAACCUUGAGUUCUUCGUGCAGUUUGUCAACUUGCUACUGAACGAUGUCACUUUCGUUCUUGACGAGUCGUUUACUGCCUUCACACAGAUCCACGAUACCUCAAAGGAACUCAAGAGCGACCCGAACAUGGACCAGGCUGUGCGUCAGGAGAAGGAGGAGAAGCUUACUGCUGCGCAGAGCAAGGCCAAGAGCUACAUGCAGCUGACCAACGAGACGGUUGCUAUGUUGAAGCUGUUUACCGAAGCGCUCGCCGACUCGUUUACCAAGAAAGAGGUUGUUGUUCGACUUGCGCAUAUGCUUGACUACAAUCUAGAAGCCUUGGUUGGGCCUAAGAAAUCGAGCCUGAAGGUUGAAAAUCCCGAAGAAUACGGAUGGAAUCCUCGCCAAAUGCUGGCUGAGCUGACAGACGUCUACCUCAACCUACGGAAUAGGCAGUCAUUUAUCGAUGCUGUUGCCACAGAUGGACGCUCCUACCGGCCGGAGUACUGGAUAGAAGCGCACAAGAUCAUGUCCAGGUUCUACCUGAAAGAUGACCAGCAGCUUCAACAGUGGGAGGCCAUGGCGCGUGAAAUCAGCGCUUCAAAGGAAGCUGCCGACAUGGACGAGGCCGACCUGGGAGAGUAUCCUGACGAGUACACAGAUCCUAUCCUUGCAACGCUGAUGGAAGACCCUGUCAUCCUGCCCACCAGCAAGAACACGGUCGACCGGAGUACGAUCCAGAGCCAUCUGCUGAGUGAUCCGCACGACCCUUUCAAUCGUAGUCCGCUGAAGAUUGAGGACGUUAUUCCCAACGAUGCUCUCAGGAAAGAGAUCUUGACCUGGAAGGCAGAGCUACUGGCGAAGAAGAGAGCUGAGCGUACCGCCGCGUCGGCCGCAGCGGCCGCAGCCGAGCCCAUGGAGACGUCGUAG